AUGGGCGUGCCCCUCCAACUUGGCCACUGCACCUCCCCCGAACGACCCCUGGCUUGGGGCCUCGCCAACUACGCCUCCCAGAGCGAUCCCUGCACUCGUCCCCUUCUCUCCUUCCCCCAGUCACCCCUCCCCUCCGUCCUCCUGCUCACCCCUCCCCUCCGCCCCCCUGCUCACCCCUCCCCUCCGCCCCCCUGCUCACAACUCCCCUCCGCCCCCCUGCCCACACCUCCCCUCCGUCCCCCUGCUCAACCCCACCCCCAUUCGCCCUGUGCGCACCUCGCCAAUGACCCUGGAGAUCUUCAGCGACAGUUGAUCGCAUCGCACCCCUUCCACCCCAGGUCCCCAGGUCGAUCGCAUCGCACCCCUUCCACCCGCUGUUCAUCCCCUGCUCCGCCCACCUCCCUUCCCGCCCUCCUCACCUCACCUCUGCCUCCCCUUCCUCUCCCCCCUUCCCCCUCACCUCACUGCUCGCCUCGCCCCUCCACUAACCCUCCUUCGCCCCCCUCCCCCUGCUCACCCCUCCCCCUUUCCUCCCCCCGCUCGCCCCCUGUUCACCUCCCCUCGCCUCCCCUCCCUCCCCCUUCCCCCCUCUCCCUUUCCCCCUCCCCCCUCCCCCUUCCCCGCUCGCCCAUCCUGCGCACCUCGCCAAUGACCUUGGACGUCCCCAGGUCGAUCUCACUGCCGUCCAUCUCCCAGGUCCCCCCUGCUGACCUUGCCCCUCACCUCCCCCCUCACCUUGCCCCUCACCUCCCCCCUCACCUUGCCCCUCACCUCCCCCCUCACCUCCCCCUGCUCACCUUGCCCCUCACCUCCCCCCUCACCUUGCCCCUCACCUCCCCCCUCACCGCCCCUCACCUCCCCUCCCUCCCCCCUCCCCGCUCCCCCCUCGCCUCUCGCCCCUAG